AUUAACUCGUCUUUUAUAACAAUUCCCUUUUCCUCUGCUUAACUCUUGUUUCUUUUCGUAAGGCGAUCUUGUCUCACUACCUUAGGUACCUAGUCUAUCUUAUAUUAUAGAAAUCUCCGCAGAUUUAUAUACCGGUCAAGCUCAAGAUAUCUAACAAUUUUAACAUUCGCCAUCAUCCCGGUGACUCAACAACCUUCCUGUCUAUAACCCCGCUCACUUUGAUCUGUCGACUAUUCCUAUUCGUCGGGCGCUUCCUCGUUUUAUCACCUUCGUGAACCUCCACACAGGCGCCUACCAAGAACUUGCAGCUCUUAGCCGCAGCUUGUACGACAAUAUGUCGGACAGACGUGUUAAGUUUUCGACCUCAUCGAAGGGGUCGUCUAAAAGCCACCGCAGUCAUGAUGACUCGGGUCUGGGUUCGUCAUCUAGUGAACAGGCUAGUCUAGGUGGAAGACCUGAUCGUAGAUUCACAGCUGAGGACUACGAAGACCAACUCAAUAAUGUCGGUGCUCUACAAGAAGCACUGGGUCAAGCGAACCAAAAAGUCGAACAAUAUCAAAAGAAAUAUGACGAACUAAAUGGCGAUUUAACCAAAGCCCACAGACUCAACCGGGACACGGAAAAGCGGUAUCGUGAAGAAUGCGAACGGAAUGCGAGACUAGAACGGCUCAACAAGAACCUCGAAGAUGAAAUAAGGGUCCUAUCAAAAGAGAAUCUGGAACUCAAAACCGAAAAUGAAGAAUUAAGGGACCAGCGCGACGAUUAUCGGCAGAGAUAUUUUACUCUAUCAGAACCUGUCAUAGAUAGUACCAUGAGAGGCGGUUCUGGCGAACCCUCGUCCCCCAGACUAAGACGAUCAACAAGCAAACACAGAGAUGCCAUAGGUUCUAUGAGGAAGAAUGCGGAACAGAGGGAAGAGAAGCCUAAUUCAUCACGUCACCACCGUCGGAGUCCGAGCGUCAGCGUUAGACCAGGAGCUCGCUCUAGCAGCAAGAAGCCAUACAUCGAAAAGAUGCCCGGGCCUCCGAGCCCGUCUGACAGGUAUCAUACUAAUUACAUCACCGGCCCAACAGACACCACAUUUGGUUCUACCGACAAAGCAUUGUACUCUAGCACCCCUAGGACCUCUCAACCAGCAGCUCCUUCGUCCUAUAGGGAUGUUCCGCCAACAGGAAAUUACAUACCGUACCCCUUGGAAGACCCACGCGGUCGUCGAAGGGGUUGAAGCCAUCACUACCUGCUAUGUGAUAAUUCAUAUUCAAACAGAAGGGAUGCCGACGCAGCCAGGCGUGGGCGUAUGCAGGCGUC